AUGUCUGAACAGUUAAGUGCGUCUUUACUCCGAUUGAAGCUUUUGGAUGCGCUCAGAAGUGCCGAUGUUGCCAAAAUUGAUGCCGUGAUCAAUGACCUAUCCAGUUGUCCCACCACACUACAAACUCAGGACAUACUCCAGUUGAAAGAAACCAUAUUUCACUAUGCCGUACAAGUAUCCUCCUUGCAGACCAUCCAGUAUCUCGUUAUCAAUGCCGAAAAGUUCAAUCUUGACAUCAAUGCUCAGGACGCCCAGGGUAACACCCCGUUGCACUUGGCAGCUAUUGCCUCCCGGUUAGACAUUGUCAAGUACUUGUUGAGCUUGCCACUGAUUAACGACACCAUUGUCAAUCUAGACAAGAAGCAGCCAGUGGAAGUGUGCAAGGACUUGAGUAUUGCCCAGCUCAUGCAAUUUGAACGGGCAAAGUUUGUGGAAAAGUCGGCUAUUGAACUACGCAACUUUUUCAGUAAUCGCGAUUUCAAGAAUUUGGAAAACUUGCUUGUGUUGAACCCAAGAGCUUCCGAGUUGUUGGAUAUCAAUGGCGCCGACCCUGAAACCGGCAAUACCGUGUUGCAUGAAUUCAUCAAGAAGGACGACAUUGAAAUGUGCGAUUGGAUCUUGAAACAUGGCGGUGACCCAUUCAAGCGUGACAAACGCGGCAAAUUGCCCAUUGAUUUAGUUCACAACAACGACAAGUUGAAAAAGUUGCUCAAGACUUCUUCCAAAGAGCAGAAUAUCAUGGAUCCGGUGUCAACCAGCACUAGUGCGGCCAAGGCCGGUCCUCCUACUUAUAAGGGAUACUUGCGCAAAUGGACAAACUUCACUUCCGGUUAUAAAUUGAGAUACUUUGUCCUUGACCAAUUUGGAAUCUUGUCAUAUUAUACCAAUCAAGACGAUACAAACAAUGCCUGUCGUGGGUCGAUCAACUUGGGAUAUGCUACUUUACACUUAGAUUCUUCGGAAAAGUUGAAGUUUGAAAUUUUUGGCAAGAAUGGGUUGAGAUGGCACUUAAAGGCUAAUCAUCCAAUUGAAACUAAUAGAUGGGUAUGGACUUUACAAAAUGCCAUUACCUUUGCCAGAGAUAACCUCAAGAAGAAAGCAACAAGAACUUCCACUGGUUCAAUCACAGCCACCUCCCCCAUUCACGAAGCUGACAAUCGUGCUCAUAGUUUUGAAGAAGAAGUUAGAGAUUCAGUCGAGAAAAAGAGACACCGUCUUAGAUUUGGCAAGAAGGACAAAAACAAGCAUAAGCGAACUCCAAGUCAGGUUUCGGUUGCUUCCUUUGCUUCGGAAGACGAUUUGAUUGCUGAACCACCUAGUCGUUCCAGCACUUUCAAGAACAACCUCAAGAAGAUCAAGGAGAGUUCUGUCACUGGCCUUGCUCAUUCUGCUGAUGACCAAUACAGUUACCAAGACUCCGAAGGUGAGUUUGACUAUGAUAUUUACGACUUGGAAGCUGGCGAUGAUGAUUAUGAUAGUGAUACUGAAUCUAGUGAAGACAUGUCCUCGUUGAAUGAUAGAAUCGCCACUACCAAACGGUCUUUAGAAGUGGAAAUCACCUCUCUUUUAGACUUGUUUAACCUGAUUAAGCAAUUUGAUGCUGAGCCAACCAAUCAAAUUUAUACUGUCGGUGGAACCGCAUUAAACAAUAUCCUGGAAUUGUUCACCAGGUAUAACUCAGGUAUUGAGCUUCGUGAAUCGAAAUUGAAACAUUCAUUGGACAGACAAGUUGAAGUGAAUCGCUUGUGGGAAAAUUCGAUCCGUAAAUUAGAAAAUGAAAUGCGGGAUCGUGAAGUUAAAUUAUCGGAGUACGAAGACCAAAAGAAACAAUUAAAGAAGUUGAUUGCGUCGGGAUCCGUCCCUAUUAGUCCUCCACCAGCGGCAUCACCCAUGCCUUCACAAAUUGUAUCCAAGGAUGAAGUAUUACUGCAAGCAGCUCCCGAGUUGGAUAAAGUGGAUUUGAGAUUGGAGGCUCCAACCAACUUGAUUGGGGAGAUCCUCGGUGAGGAUUCCGACGAUGAGUUCUUUGAUGCUGAUGAAUUUGAAGAGGAUGAAGAAGAAGAAGAAGAAGAAGAGACUACUGUGGCCAAGAUCUUGUCUGGUGAUUCCGAGUCCGUUAUCCCUAAAUUCGCUGGUAUUUCUAUGGAGGAAGAAACUUUAAAGGAAGAGGAAGCUGUUGAACCUAAAGGAACCAUUAAAGACAAAGAAUUGGAAAAUCUUAAUCCUGCUCAACGUGAAGUGGCCAAGCAGCUAGAGGCUGAAGGGUCAUUCCUUGGUUAUGAAAAUCCACAUCGUACGAAGUUGGCCAUGGAUGAAGAUAAUAGACCCAAGGUUGGAUUAUGGGGUAUUUUGAAAUCAAUGAUUGGUAAAGAUAUGACCCGAAUGACCUUACCUGUUUCGUUCAAUGAACCUACCUCUUUGUUGCAACGUUUAUCGGAAGAUAUUGAAUAUUGUAGCUUGUUGGAUACUGCCUGUACCUAUGAUGAUUCCACCUUGCGUUUAAUCUAUGUGGCUGCCUUUGCCGCUUCGGAAUACGCAUCCACCAUUAAUAGAAUUGCCAAGCCUUUCAAUCCAUUAUUAGGUGAGACUUUUGAAUACUGUCGUCCCGACCAACAUUACCGAAUGGUUGCCGAACAAGUGAGUCACCAUCCACCCAUUAGUGCCACUUCUGCUCAGUCGCCCAAAUGGGAUUACUAUGGUGAAAAUGCAGUUGAUUCCAAAUUCACCGGUCGUUCCUUUGACUUUAAGCAUUUAGGUAAGAUGUUCUGUGUGCUUAGACCAGACAAUGGUGUAAUUGACAAGAAUGGGAACCGUGUCGCUGAGGAAUUGUACAGUUGGAAGAAGGUCAAUACUGCUGUUGUCGGUAUCAUGCUUGGGAACCCUACUGUGGACAAUUACGGGAAAAAGAUUGUCACUAAUCACACCACCGGUGAUCAAAUUAUUGUCGAUAUGAAACAACGUGGAUGGAGAGCUUCGUCGGCGUAUCAAUUGUCAGGUCAAGCGCUUGAUAAAGAUGGUGUGCCACGCUGGGCCAUGGGUGGUCAUUGGAACUCCAAGAUUUAUGCCAAGAAAAUCACCCUGGAGUCAUUGAGAAACGAACCUAAUCCUCAACAACGAAGAAACUCGUUAUUGGACGAAUCUGCCCUUGCCAAGAGCAAGACGAGCAAUGAUCCAUUCUCGGGCCAGAAAUUCUUGGUGUGGCAGGCUGCUCCUAGACCUAAGGUGCCAUUCAACUUGACUGCGUUUGCUGUAACAUUGAAUGGGAUUGAUGAUAACUUGAAGCCAUAUUUGGCACCAACUGAUUCGAGAUUGAGACCGGACCAGCGAGAUAUGGAGGACGGACUUUACGACAGAGCCGCCGACGAGAAGCACCGGGUAGAAGUAAAGCAAAGACAGGCGAGAAAGCAGAGAGAGGAGAGUGGCGAGCCAUAUGUUCCUAAUUGGUUUGUCAAGAAGAAGCAUCCAGUUACCGGGGAUAUUUUCUGGGAGUUUAAUGGCGAGUAUUGGAAUAGACGGAAACAGAAAGAUUUGGCUGGUACUGGUGAUAUUUUUUAG